AUGGAGAUGGAUCUGCGGGUGACGAAGUCGUCGCACGGCGCGGCGGCGCGGCACGUGAACGCGAGCAAGCGGCCGCGCGGGAACGAACGGGUGGUGACGAGCGGGCGACGGGGUGAAUCGAGCGGGAGUGAGCGGACGGGGACGAGUGGACGCGAUCGAGGUUCGGCGUUGCGUCCGGGCGAGCGGAUCGUCAAGGCUAUGGAAUCUAUCGCGACGACGUCGGUGGGCGAGCGCAUCGAGUGGGACGCCGUCGCGAGCGCGGUGAACCCCGAGGGGGAGAAGCUGCGAAUCAGCACGUCCACGUUGAACUUUGCGAUUAAAGGUUUGGGUGAACGAGGAAGUUUCGAUCGCGCGCACGCGCUCUAUCUGUGGAUGAAUCGUAAGCAAGGACGGUUCGCUCCGAAUGAGUUUACGUACGUAGCGCUCGCGAGCGCGGCGAACACGCUCUCGGAUACGCGCACGGUGCAGUCGAUGUGGCGCCGCGCGCUCGAAGAUGACGGUGAGACCGAGCUCGUGUGCAACGAGAUCGCGUCGGCGGUCAUAUCGGCGCUCAAUCGCGUGAGCGACUGGACCGGGGCGUACCAAGUGUUCAGGGAUAUGGGGGACAAAGGCAAGGCGAGAAACAUUUACACCUACACCGCGGUCCUCACGGCGCUACGCGAUGAGGCGAGACCGGAUGAGGCUCUGGUUGUGUUGAAUGAGAUGGCGCGCGAGCCCGGGGUGCAGGCGACGAGCUACGCGUUCUCCUUGGUGCUCACAUCUUUCGACAACGCGCGACGUUGGAUAGAAGGAAACGCUCUGGCGAAGCGCGUCGCAAAGUACGACGUUCGACCGGAUACGACCUUGAUGCACGCCAUAAUCACCAUGGCGGGGCGCGCCGGGGACAUGGCGCACGCGAAUGACGUGUUCAAAGCGAUGAGAAACUCGACGAUGAUCGUCACGACGUACACGUUCAACGCCCUUCUCGGCGGGUACGCGAGAUACGGCGAUUGGGAGGGUUGCACUGAAGUCUACGACGAGAUGAAACGCUCGAGGAUUCAGCCCGAUUCAUACACGUUUACGCAGCUCAUUUCUGCCGCGGAGCGAAGCGGGGAGUACCUAGCUGCCGACACGGUGUGGAUGGAUAUGUUGCGCAAUCGCAUCAUUCCGCACACCGUCAUGUGCGGCGCGUACAUCCAUUGCUUAGGAUGUCAAGGUCGCGACCUCGAAGCCGAGGCCGUGAUGGAUAAAAUGCGCAAUUAUUGGGACGUCCCGAGAAAUGCAGCCGUUUACAACGCCCUAAUCGGCGCACACGUACGAAGCGGAGAGGUCACGCGAGCGCUCGGCGUGCUCGAAGAUAUGCAGUGCAUCGACAAGCUCAUGCCCACGGAGAUCACGUUCGCCGUGCUCAUUCGCGCCUGUCAAGAGAGCGCGUUGAACAAGCGAGCGGAAGGGUUAGAGAGCAUGCGUCAGGCGCUCGUGAACGCCGGACAGCUCGUCCAGGAUCUUUCUGGAAGUUCGCAGUGA